UGCACCAGGUGGCGGAGCGGGUGGAGGCCCUGGGGCAGUUUGUCAUGAAGACCAGAAGGACCCUCAAAGGCCACGGCAACAAAGUCCUGUGCAUGGACUGGUGCAAGGACAAGAGGAGGAUCGUGAGCUCGUCACAGGACGGGAAGGUGAUCGUGUGGGAUUCCUUCACGACUAACAAGGAGCACGCGGUCACGAUGCCCUGCACCUGGGUGAUGGCCUGUGCGUACGCCCCGUCGGGAUGUGCCAUCGCCUGUGGUGGUCUGGAUAAUAAGUGUUCUGUGUAUCCACUGACGUUUGACAAAAACGAGAACAUGGCUGCCAAAAAGAAGUCUGUCGCUAUGCACACCAACUACCUGUCGGCCUGCAGCUUCACCAACUCCGACAUGCAGAUCCUGACAGCAAGUGGCGACGGCACGUGUGCCCUGUGGGACGUGGAGAGCGGGCAGCUGCUGCAGAGCUUCCAUGGGCAUGGGGCCGACGUCCUCUGCCUGGACCUGGCUCCUUCUGAAACCGGAAACACCUUCGUGUCUGGGGGAUGUGACAAGAAAGCCAUGGUGUGGGACAUGCGCUCCGGCCAGUGCGUGCAGGCCUUUGAAACGCACGAAUCCGACAUCAACAGUGUCCGAUACUACCCGAGUGGAGAUGCCUUUGCUUCAGGGUCAGAUGAUGCUACGUGUCGCCUCUACGAUCUCCGAGCAGACAGGGAGGUGGCCAUCUAUUCCAAAGAGAGUAUCAUUUUUGGAGCAUCCAGCGUGGACUUCUCCCUCAGUGGUCGCCUGCUGUUCGCUGGCUACAACGACUACACUAUCAACGUCUGGGAUGUUCUUAAGGGGUCCCGAGUCUCCAUCCUGUUUGGACACGAAAACCGCGUUAGUACUCUACGCGUCUCCCCUGAUGGGACGGCUUUCUGCUCAGGAUCAUGGGAUCACACCCUGAGAGUCUGGGCUUAAUCGUCUUUCCACAAUGCACGUGUCCAUGAUAGGAUUUGAAAUCUUCACGUUAAGUGUGUGUCACUUUUAGAGGCGUGCAGGCUUCACCACAGUUUAGCAUCAGGAAGCAACUCCAUGCUCAGAGCCCUUGGAGCGGCUCCCACGUGACCGGCGUAACUGCCGCCCCCAGAGUAGACCAGCGCGAGCCCUCCACACUGUGAGAACACCUUCGAGUACCAUCGUCCCUCCCUGCAAUGCUUUCUAAAGUUCAUUUGUUCUUCAGUCUAUUCCAAAUGAAUCUAGUCUAGACUUGUUCUGUUACCAGUAGAAUGCAGCGUUUAGUGUAUUCUGUAUUAUCCGCAGGUUUGUUUUCAGAGCACUCUAGCAUCUGAUUUUUCUCGGUGGGCACCAUGAGUUUUGGAACCUUCCUUAGAAGUGCUGGUUUUAUGGCCUACAGGAGAAGGACUCCGUUCAUGGAUUUGGACUAGAAGAAAAUUCCAAGUGUCGUUAGACAAAAUCACUUUUUUGUGAGACCAGCAGUUGGCGUAAUGGCUAAGUCAUUGGACUCCCAUGUAGUCGACUGCGGUUUGAGUCCCGGACCCGGUGGCUUAAACUCACGCCGGG